AUGGAAGACUGUUCCGUGAACACGGGUGAGUUGGACGCGGUGAAACGAGACCUCAACAACCUCGAACAAUACGGAAGGAAGAACAACCUCGAGAUCCAUGGCCUUUCUUACGCUCCGAACGAAGACCUGGUAGAAAAACUUGGUCAGGUGGCCGCAGUUCUAGGUGUCUCGAAACCUGACACAAGUACAAUUGAAUCUGUUCACCGACUACCUGCUAAACUAGGUAAAGUGCCGGCCAUCAUUGCCAGGUUUGUGAACCGCUCGGUCUGUGAACAUUGGCUUAUGAACAGGAAAAAGCUCAGAGCUCAAAAGAUCGACGGCCACGAUGUGUACAUAAAUGAAAACAUGACAGCGGUAAACAGAGCUGUGUUCUACAAGGCCAGGAUACUCGGUAGAGAACUUCAAUUUAAGUUUGUUUGGAACCGACAUGGCACAACUUAUAUGAGAAAGGACGAGUCUGACAAAGUCCACCGUAUCACAUGUGCUGCGGAUCUCGAUAAAGUGGCUCCACAGUAA